AUGGCAGCAGCAGCAGCAGCAGUUGCUACGAAAUGGGCAAGGUGCUAUGUGGGACAGUCGGGAGUGGCCCAUCUCGAUUCCCUGGGGCCUAAGCGCGCUCCCGAGCCGAACCUCCCCCCUCCAACAACCCCUCAGCCCACCCCCGGCAGCCCAGCCCGCUCCUCGGAGGUACAGAGGAUUGCAGCCUCCUCCACCACCCCCGCCACAUGCUGGGAAGAGGAGAGGGAGGGAGCCAGGGAAGGAGCCGGGGAAGGAGCCGGGGAAGGAGCCGGGGAAGGAGCCGGGGAAGGAGCCAGGGAGGGCGGGCAGCAGGCGGGAGGGCUGCCGAGGAGAAACAACCCACAGGAGGCCGCCGCCGCCGCCGCCGCCGGGCGAUGCCCGAGGGGCCAGGGGAGCAGGGAGGGGGAGGUGGGCUGCGCUGUCCCGGCGGGGGACAGGGGCACCACGGGGAAGCAAGCGGCUGCCCAGUGGCGUCGAGCAGAACAAAGCUCCGAAGCCGUAGAAGAAAUGGACAGCGAGCGGCAGCCGCCCGCUCCGAGGCCCAGCCGCCUCGGGCGCGAGAGCCCUCCGCCCGCACCCCGCACCCCCAACGGCCGGAGCGCCCCCUCGAGUGAGAGGCGAGGCGAGGAGGGGACGCCCCCCGCACUGCGCGCGCGCACAUCACUGAGCCCGCGCAGCCCUCCCCCGGCCCCCGGGCCCCCCACCCGCCCCCCCGCCAGCCGGCUGCCCCGCGUCAGGUCAGGUCCCGGACUCCGCGGAGCAACUGCCGAGCAUCCGGGACAGGCUGUCCCCAAGCCGGCCGGCCGAGCGGCCGGCCAGCCCGCUGGGGGUGGGGAAGGGGAGCGGGAAGCAUCGGCACAGCGGGAGGCAAUCACGACCAACGCGACCCCCUGCUUACCUGGCGACCGGGACUGCGGUGGGAAAGGUGGCGUUCUCCGAGAGGGAGCGAACGAUCUCGGCGGUAGGCAGGGGUAUAGGUGGUGGCUCCUUGGCCCCGCCCCGAGCCCCGGGCUGCCGCCGCCUCCGCCUCCGCCUCCUCCUCCUCCGGGAGGGGGCCGGGGGGGAGGGGGGGGAUGGACCUUUGCCGUCGGGAGCCACGGCCAGCUGCGGCCGCAGUCCACCGCUGGAGGAAUGGAAAGCUCCGCACGUCAGCCGGCAGCUCCAAAGGCUGCCCGCCUGCCAUUGGCCGGCCCCCUCCGGGCGCCUACGCCCCCGCCCUCCUGCCCCGGAUUCCUAUUAGUUAAUAGGCAUGCCACUCGACGGCGCCUCCUCCUCCCUCCUCGCUCCCCCCGCCCCCUUCCCCCUCCCAGUGCCAGUUUGCCCUUCGGGUCCUAG